UUGUAGCCAUAUUGUUAUUUUCUUUCAAAGCCGACUUCCUUUGUUUUAUGUUCUAACCGUCAUUUUUCUUUGUUUAAACUAAGAAGAACGCGAUGCAAUGUUAGCAAUUUUAAUUUCCAUUUAUCUAUACAAAAUUCAUAAAAAUUAUAUAAAGCACGUGAAUAGUAGGGUAACGACUGUAACAGUAUCAGCAAAGAUGAUCGUAGAGGGGUCUUAUGCGAAGUUCCUACGGGACUUACAACAGUCAGUCAGUCAGUCAGUCAGUCUGUUAGUCGGUCAGUUGAUCAGCCGGUCUUUCAUCCGCUCCUACGAUCUUUAAAAUUUCAUGAAAGAGCCGUAGGUGUAUCGAUGUUUUCGGCGAUUGAUCAACAUUCUUGGACCUCGUUAUUGAUCAAUAAGAGCACAAAAGAACAAAACGAUUAUUAUUGUGAUUAGGAGCAAUGCGAAAGUCCAAAGGACUUUUCGCGAUCGUUUGCGGUCUUCUGUUGUCACUUUCAGUAAACACUUGUGGAUGGUCAUUGGGUUUAUUCGAUUGGAGAAGCAAACAGGCAGAGAUGCUUGAUUUAAAAACACGUUCCAGGGUUCUCAACUUUUUUCCUAUCCCAGUAGAAGAAGAGUGUAUAUCUUCGGAUAAACGACGACGUGGGAUAUGCAUGAACACGUACCAUUGUCGUAUUCAAAACGGAAAAUCACAUGGACCGUGUGCUCUUGGAUUUGGCGUUUGUUGUAUAUUUACGGCGAGUUGCGAUCAAGAGGUGCAAAAUAAUCUGACCUACGUGACCAGUCCUGGUUUCCCGAACCUCAUCGACCGACCCAUGAACUGCUCGGUAGUCGUCCGGAAGAUCGAUAGGCAGGUCAGCCAAUUGAGGAUCGACUUCAUACACUUCAACAUAGGUCAACCUAAUAGAAGAACUGGCAUCUGUGACGAAGAUAUUAUGGAAAUUAGGAAUGGUAAUAGGUCGUCUCUAAAAUUGUGUGGGUGGAAUAGCGGACAGCACAUAUAUUUAGACGUAAACGAGGCCGACGAACCUAUGACCCUUGACUUUAAGCUACCGAAUGGACUUCACUCGCGAAUGUGGGAAAUGAGAGUGAUCCAAUUGGGUUUCGAAGAUCGUGCACCGGCCGGUUGUCUUCAAUACUUUCGUUCACCAAAUGGCACCCUUAAAACUAUGAAUUACCUACCAAAUGGGAGAUUUUUAGCUGAUCAGGACUAUUUACUUUGCGUGCGUCAAGAAAGGGAAAUGUGUGGUAUCUCUUACACUCCUUGCUCGAAAGAUUCUUUUCGAAUAGGAGCUUCGAGAUCAGGACAAAUUGGAUCGAAUGCUACAACCACUGUUCCCAGAAGAAAAGCUAAUAACAGUACCAACGGUAGUAAUAACGUUAACGGUGAUUCUACGGACGUUGGACAAACGGAUCUUUUAAUGGAAGGAUCUGGAAGUGGUCCGGAUGAACAAGAGACUGUUACACCUUUAACUGUUAUAACUAGAAGAUGCAGAGACAAAGUUCUUAUACCUUGUGAUUUCGAGGAAUUUAUCACGCCCGGCAACAAUGGUGUCGGAAUUUGCAAUCUCGAACAUUGCGGCGAUUCGUUGUGCGAGCGAAACGAGCUAGACACCGAUGGAAAUUGUCGUGUGGAGACUUGGGCAACGCCCUUUCGUAUAAGGGUUGCGUUUGGUCCUGGAGAGGAUACAGGGACAACACUGGAGGAUAAUGUUGGCAUGUGUCUUAUGUACGAACAGCUACGAUGUGUACCUUAAACGUUUCAAUGGUGUGAUCUUGUAUAGAAGCGUUAAAUUGCGAGAGUAGAAAGGAGGAACAUCUUGUUGAAUGAAAUUGAAAGAGAAGAGAAAGAAAAGGGGAUUACAUUUGAAAGAAUUGAAGAGGAAGAUACAUAUUUGUAUACUAGACAAGCGUGUCAAAGAGUCAAAUAGUUUUUAUUUACAAACAAACUAGCUUAAAUCGUAAACGCAGCGCACAACUCUCGGUACAAUAAUAGAUAUAUAUAUAUAUAUAAUUCGCCUUUUUUAUUUUAUUUUAUUUUAUUUUUUUUUGUUUUAUUCAUCCGCUCGGUCCCCUCGAUGCCU